AUGUUGGCCCUGGCCACUUUCCCGGCCCCGGAGUCCCUGGAGUGGCCUGACAGUGGGGGGGCCGGGCAUGCUGAGCGCACACGAGAGCCCAUCGCAUCCCCGACUUCGGGUAUCCUUGACACGAGGCCUGCCUCCGCCAUCUCCGGCUUUGUCUCUUCCGAGGCCUGUAGCUUUCUAGAGCCAGCAGGCCACAGGCCCGUCUCCUUGGACACCUUCCUGACCCUUCAGUUUGCCAGGUGCAAGGGAGCAGGCCUCCUAGCCUGUCUGCACCCCCACGGCCAUGUCCGUGAGAUAAGGAUUAGCGGCAACUCUGACCUCGGAGGGCCGCCCGGGAAGAUACAGCGGGAAGCUGAGCACGGGCAAGUGCUCGGAAUCAGAGGCUGGGCCGCGCUGCUGGGUGACUCAACCUCUCUGAUUCAUCUGUUCCUGCCCCUGAACAGUGAGGCCAACAACAGUGCCCACGGCCAGAUAAGCCGGCUGUUUCGACACCGGACUGCCGGGGUUGAGAAACGGAUGCUCAAUGCCACCGCCUUUGCUGCCCUGACUUACAUGUUAUCCUGCGCACCUGUGCGUUUUUCUGCAAACUCGUCCUCAUUCUGGACUGCUCCUGGGGCUGCGCAGAGCCAGGAGGAGCAGGUGUGGCCGGUGUUUAAGACCCGCUGCCUUCGGAAAAAAAAAAAAAAAAAAAAGACCCGCUGCCUUCGGACCCAGGACCCAGGACGACGCCUGCUGCAAGGGCUGCUGGGAAAUGUAGUCCAGCGGGCCCAGGGGGAAGAGGACAGGAACAGCAGGCCGGUGGCCCCACGCUCACCCAGAGGCCCCCUGAGAGUGACCGGACAAGGCCAUAAGCGUCUCCUCCCGUCCCGGCAGAUGGAGCUGGUUGGAAGCCCACCGGUUAGACCUUCGCUGCCGAGGCCCGUGGGCGCCACGCCUCUCUCGCUCGGGCUCUCCCUGCGCCACGCCGCCCGGACGUGCCCCUGGACCGUCCUCCGCGCGCUGAGCGCGCAUCUGCCGCGUGGCUCGCGCUGGUCCCCCAGCCCCGCCCCCGAGGGCUUUCCGUGUGUCCAGAGCCACCAGACCCAGGAGGGAACUGCGGCGCACGGGAGCGAGGGCGCAGACCCUCUGCGCGCGCCUGUGCAGCGGGAGGCUGUCCCCGGAGCUCCGGCCAACGGCCCCCAGCGGAGGGGCCCAGGAAGGACGCCACGUUCUGGGCACGCAGCCUGCUCUGUCCUCCCGCCCCGCGGAGCCUCGCACCGGCCGCCGGCGCACCUCUCCGAGCAGGAGCGGCGCCCUGGGAGCGGCCGCCUCGUGCAGCUUCCCUACCCUUGGGUCGUCCACUCGUGCAGGACCCUGGCCACCAAGGUGACGUAUGUGAGCCCGUGGGCAGCAGAAGUUGGUCCUCCUGGAGUCUUGUGAGCUGCUUCUGGAGGAGCAGGCGGACAGCAGAAUGCUUCGACUGACCUACAGGUCAGAGGUUUUGAAGACAGCCCGCAUUAGGUCUCCUGAGAGACAGAGCCCAGGAAGAGGGGAAAAGGAAUUCCGAAGAAGUAAAACGUAGAGAGAAACCUUAAAAAUUAAAACACUGUAUCUGUGAGACCAAAAGGAACAUUCUGACUUCCUAGUUACUGAAAAAUAAAAAUGAGAGAAUUAAAUUUAAAAACAAAGAAACAAACAAAAAACAGGACCGGAUGAGAGAUGAGGAACUCUCCCAAAAGGAGAAUUAAGUGAUGAAGACAGAGACCUCAGGCGACAGCGUGAAAUCCAACUAGCUGGCCUGGCGUCCCAGCAGCAGGAGGACUUCCUGCCGCGGUCUCGCUUCCCUCCUGGCUGCCUGCUCUGUCCUCACCCCGUUUCCUUCCAAGAGAUGAUUUUUCUACUUAAGCCAAUGCUCCAUCGGGGUCUAUCUUUUGAAACCAAGACCCCUAAGACAGCAGGAAGCUGGCCUGGAAGAGGGGCUGGGGGGUCAGCGGUGGCAGGGAACCCCCUAGUCUCGGCCACUAGCCAGACUCCCCAGGGCAGAGCGGAGGCCACUCUCUGUCCGCCCUUCUGCCCGGCCGCCACUGCAGGGCUCCUCGGGAGCCGCUUCUCCCCCAGCACUUACCGACAGCCCCUGCCCGCCUGCCCGCCCUUCCACCGCCACCCACCGGCCAGCGUUCCCAAGUGCCUGCCGGCUCAGACCCCUUCCAGCUCGGAGCCCCUUCUGGAUGUCUGAGGGACACAUGUGGCCGUGACCCCACGCGGCUGACACUAAUGCAGGCGACUUUCCAAAUACGGUAUUUACGCAGAGUAACUACGUUCAUGGGCUAUGUACGCAACAGCCAACAACUUUAAAUACCUAAUGGUAUUCUGAACUGUUUGCAGAUAAGCUUAUGCUGACCAUGUUUUAAAAUAAAACUGGCUUUGGAAGACACAAGACUACUCAUCUCGGACAUCAGGUUUCCAGAAGAAUCUCUACAAUGAGAUCAAAUCCCCAAUUACUUUUAUGCAUUUUAAAAAGUAACCAACACAGCAACCCCUUCAAAAAGCGGUCUGGCACUUUCUCCAAGUUCAACACCCACCCAGCGAGUCAACAACUCCACCUGGAGGUACUUAAACAGGAGAAGUGAAUGUGAACCCAAAACACACACACAACUGUCCGCAGCUUUAUCUGUAGUACUCCCCAGACCACAAACAACCCUAACAUCCACCACCAAGGAGGCACCGAGAAACUAUGGCAUAGUCAUACCAGGGCACACUGCUCCGUGGCACAGAGGAAGGAAAUUAAUGAGAUCUGCAACCACACGAUGAAUCUCAAACGUCAUGUCACGCGCACGGCACCUGAAGCCAGGCAGCAGCAAUUUAUUCUGAAGGAAAUCAGAACAGGGGUUUGAACACAGCGGGAUGACUGAGAAGAGCCCAGGGUAACUUUCUGGGGUGAUGGAAAUGCCCCAUAUCCUGACCUCACUGGUGCCACCGGCAUGUGCGUCUCUCAAAACAAAAGUCAAUGAGUUAUUAAAAAAAAAAAUCAACAGUACACUUACGAUUGUACAUUUCAUUGUACGAUUAAAAAAAAAAAAACGCACAGGAGAAAAAUCAGCAGCACGGGACCAGGUGCUGGGUGGGAAAGGUGAAGCGGAGGCCAACCUCUAGCCAGAAGCUUCCUCCAGAAACUUCACGCAGGGCCCAGGAGGUCUCUGACCAACUUCUGUCUGAAUCUUCAGGCGGGGUUCUUGGCCUCUUUCCUCACCUUUUCCUUGGCUGUGAACAGACAAUGUGCUCUCAAAUACAAACUGAAAACGAACGAAAAGACGUCAGUAUUCUUUGGUGGCCAAUAACUACAAAGAAAAUCAAGACGGGCGCCUGGCUGGCUCAGUCGGUAGAGCGUGCAACUCGUGGUCUCAGGGAUGUGAGUUCAAGCCCCAGGCUAGGUGUAGAGAUGACUUAAAAAUAAAACCUUAAAAAAAAGAAUCAGAUACUUUCAUUAUUGCAAUAAAAAGAAUGUCUACCCUAGAGUCCGAUAUUCAUGUUUAUGUUAAGGUGCUGUUUAAACUCAUUAUGGCUUUACUAUCCACACACCCACUGAUGACCUAUAAAAAGCAGGAAUCAGCAGCUCUGCUUCAGGCACAGCAGCAGCACAUGAAGCCAACGCGAGCCAUGAGAGAGCUGCUUAAUUCAGACACGGAGAGGGGGAGCGCCAAGCACGGUGUUCUCGGCCCCGGGCCCCAGGAUGCGCAGCCCCAGAUGGGAGCUGUAGCCCGCAGGAGCUCACAGACCCGCAGAGGUGGGAAUCAGGCGGGUAAACAAUGUGCUAAGUGUUAUCCCCAAAUUAGGAGCACUGUGUGAGGACGGAGAGAGAUGACAGCAGCUAACUCCAUCCGGAGGAGCCAGAGAAGGUGUGAAAGAAGCCGCCAGCAUGGUGGGCCCUGACAACAGCGGUACAGACCGAGGUGAGAGCAGUGCGAGGAGCCCAGGUGGGAGAGGAGCACGGCAAGCCCGAGGGCCGCAGGCUCAAGGUGAAGGAGGGGGAGAAGGCCACAGGGGAAGGGCAGACCGGGGCCGCUCACAGAGCGCUCAGAAUGCCCAGCUGCGCCGUCUGGAAGUCUGGACUUGUUCUAGUACGGGAGGCACCAGAUCUUUGGCAAAUGCACAGAAGUUUUAAAAAAUAAUUGGUGACACCAAGGACGGAAGGAGGAAGCUGGCCAACCAGGAGGCUGGCACCACCUAGAACAGAGAAAGCACCCACAGGGGGCCAAGAGGGAAGCAGGGCCUGCAGGGGACUGAGAGCUGUUACGGGAAGCAAAAGCCCA